AUGAAGCUGCAGGCCGUGAUGGAGACGCUCCUGCAGCGGCAGCAGCGGGCACGCCAGGAGCUGGAGGCCCGGCAGCCGCCGCCGCCACCCCCCGAGCCCGCGGCCGGGCCCCCGGCCCGUGCCAGGGCCGCCCCGGACGAGGACAGGGAGCCUGAGAGCGCCCGGAUGCAGCGGGCGCAGAUGGCCGCGCUGGCCGCCAUGCGAGCCGCCGCCGCCGGCCUCGGCCACGCGCCCAGCCCAGGCAGCUCCGAGGAUGGGCCCCCCGGCUCAGAGGACGAGGACGUGGCCCCAGAGGGGGCACCAGGCUCUCCCCCCGCACCCGGCCGAGGCAGGGAGGCGGCCGGCCUCCCCGAAGGUGAUGGCCACUUCGAGGGCUCCGACGAUGACCUGAAGCCGAAGUGGGAGGAGGAAGAGGAGGAGCUGGAGGAGGAUCUGGGAGACGAGGACGAGGACGAGGACGAGGACUACGAGGACGAGGGGGGGCUCGGGCCCCCCGGCUCCGCCGGCCCGGGCCCCGCAUCCUUGUUUCCCCGCAAGGCCCAGCCGCUGCAGGCGUACCGCGGCGAUGGCGGGCCCCGGGCUCUGGGCGGCCAGGAGCGCCCGGGGGCUGGCCCGGCCCUCCCCGGAGGGGCUGCCCACGCAGUGCCACAGCUGCAGCCGCCGGACCACGGGGACUGGACGUACGAGGAGCAGUUCAAGCAGCUCUACGAACUGGACGGGGACCCCAAGAGGAAGGAGUUCCUGGAUGACUUGUUCAGCUUCAUGCAGAAGCGAGGGACGCCCGUGAACCGCAUCCCCAUCAUGGCCAAACAGGUGCUUGACCUGUUCAUGCUGUACGUGCUGGUGACGGAGAAGGGCGGCCUGGUGGAGGUCAUCAACAAGAAGCUGUGGCGGGAGAUCACCAAGGGCCUCAACCUGCCCACGUCCAUCACCAGUGCCGCCUUCACGCUGCGCACCCAGUACAUGAAGUACCUGUACCCCUACGAGUGUGAGAAGCGUGGCCUCAGCAACCCCAAUGAGCUCCAGGCAGCCAUCGACAGCAACCGGAGGGAGGGCCGGCGCCAGAGCUUUGGGGGCUCCCUCUUCGCCUACUCACCGGGCGGGGCCCACAGCAUGCUCUCCUCGCCCAAGCUCCCUGUGUCCUCCCUGGGCCUGGCCGCCAGCACCAACGGCAGCUCCAUCACCCCAGCCCCCAAGAUCAAGAAAGAGGAGGACUCGGCCAUCCCCAUCACGGUCCCCGGCCGCCUGCCAGUCUCCCUGGCAGGUCACCCCGUGGUGGCAGCCCAGGCAGUAGCGGCCCAGGCAGCCGUGGCGGCACAGGCAGCCGCCCUGGAGCAGCUCCGGGAGAAGCUGGAGUCUGGGGAGCCUCCUGAGAAGAAGAUGGCCCUGGUGGCAGAGGAACAGCAGCGGCUCAUGCAGCGAGCGCUACAGCAGAACUUUCUGGCCAUGACGGCCCAGCUGCCUAUGAGCAUCCGGAUCAACAGCCAAGGCUCUGAGAGCCGCCAGGACUCAGCUGCGAACCUGACCAACACCAAUGGCAGCAACAGUAUUAGCAUGUCAGUAGAGAUUAAUGGAAUCAUGUACACAGGAGUGCUGUUCGCCCAGCCGCCGGCCCCCACGCCACCCUCAGCUCCCAGCAAAGGCGGAGGUGGCAGCAGCCGGGGAGCAAACAGCGGGACCAGCAGCAGCGCAGGCAGCCAGGCGGGGCCAGCAGGGUUGUCUGCACCCCCCGCAUCUUCUACCUCAAAUAACUCAUUGCCUUAACCGCUACACUCCUCACCCUGGGAGCCCACCAGACGGGUCAGGGGGUCCA